CUAAUUAUGUCAAUAUAUGAAAGGGGGUGUGCCCCACGAGGAAUUCCGGCCUCGAUUUCGAUUAGCGCAGCAGACGCAUUGGCUAUUUGCUUGUUCUCGGUACAGCAAGAUGGCAGAAGCAACAGAUUCUACGUUGGUGCUGGUGACAGGGGCGGGGGGAUUCAUCGCUACCCACAUCGUCAAACAGCUCCAGGAAGAGGGGUAUCGCGUCAGGGGCACGCUCAGGAGUCUGGAGGACGAGGAGCGGAUCAAAAAACUUAAGGAGCUCUGUCCAGACGCCAAGCAUGAACUAGAAUUGGUGGAGGCGGAUCUAACGAAACCAGAAUCCUGGGAACCAGCUGUUAAGGAUGUCACAUACGUUAUACACGUGGCUAGCCCCUUCCCAGCUCAGUCACCAAAGGACGAAACUGAGCUCAUUCAGCCAGCCGUAGAAGGCACCCAGGCGGUACUCAAGGCAUGCGUAGCUGCGAAAUCAGUCAAGCGUGUCGUCUUGACUAGCUCGUGUGCUGCUGUGGGAUGGGGGCCAGGUGCUGACACCAGUAAAACCUUCACAGAGGAAGACUGGAUGGAAGCAGAAAAGCUGAACGCCUACGGCAAAAGCAAAACGCUUGCUGAGAAAGCCGCCUGGGAUUACGUCAAAGAACUUCCGGAUGAAGACAAGAUAGAAUUGGCUGUCAUCAACCCAGCGUAUGUGAUGGGACCUGUCAUAAAUGGGUCAUUGUGUACUAGUUCUGAAGUUGUCAAGCGUAUUUUAGAGCGUGAAAAACCGUUUGUUGCUAAGCUAAACUUUCCCGUCGUUGACGUUCGGGACGUUGCCGUUGCGCAUGUCAAAGCUAUGACGUCAGAGGAGGCUGCUGGCAAAAGGCAUCUGAUAGUGAAUGCAAAUGUUUGGAUGAAAGAAAUGGCCGUCAUUUUAUCUAAGGAAUUCAAAACACAAGGCUACAAUGUGCCGACAGCAAACUGUCCUAAUCCCAUUCUGUGGUUGACGAGUCUGUUCGAUAGAACCAUCAAAAUGGUCUUACCGGACAUAGGAAAAGUCUAUAAAUUCGACAACACCAGAAUGAAGGAAGCUCUACAGAUCACUCCACGUGAGAUCAAGGAUACGUUGAUUGACAUGGCUUACAGUUUGAUCGAGGCUGGUCUGGUGAAGAAAACAAAGAAAUUCAAAGGACCUGGGGGCGGUGAGCAAGAAGGAGGGGAGGAAGGAGAGAAGAAGGAAGAAGGCGGUGAGACUGAGGGCGAGGAGAAACCCAAAGAGAACGGCGAUGUAAAAGAUGAAGAUAAAAAUGAAGAUGACCUGAAGAAGGAAGUAAAAGAGGAGGAAAAAACUGAAAAAAUUGAAGAUGUGAAAGAAGAAAAGAAGGAAGAUGUAGAGGAAAAGAAAGAGGAAUCAAAAGAAGAGGCAAAGACAGAGGAAAAAUCAGAAUCAAAGCCGGAGGAAACUGCAAAAUAGACAAGAUCAUUGAUAGGUUUACAUUUAUUACCAUGACAAUAUUUUUGAUAAAAUUCCACAUUAUGCGGUAAUGUUGUGAAGAAUGAGUUUGAGAUCUGGCGGGAUUAUACGUUUUGGGGGGAAGACGUGGGGAGGAAUGUACAGGAACACUAGACACAAAUGUGUGGGAGAUUAUCUGUAAGCCUAGUCAUGGAUUUAUUGGCCGGUUUUUAUUUCGUUCUCGUUUACACCAACUGAAAAAAUAGACAUUGAAAGGACCAAUUUUUAAUGAAAUAAAAAAAAAGAUUAAAAAAAUCUAUUUAGUAUAUUGUAUAUGGAGGAAUUAUAACUAUCAAAUCAAGUGCUAUAAAAUUGAAGAUAAUCCGCCAUAAUUCAUGAUAUAGCCAUAAAUAUCAUAAAAAAUAUUCACAACAUUUAUUUAAUGAAAUCCUGCUAUUGUCACGCCAAAUUCUACAUUUAUGUUGGAGGUGCAAUAUUGAAGUGUUAAAAUAAGAAUACACAGUACUAAUACUGUCAAAUCUGUAUUAACCAGAGACUUGCAACAAAUAUUUCUGAAACACAAGAUUUGACUUUAACACUAUGAUGAUGUGUCAGCAAAAUAAAUGUGCUUUUCACAAAAAUACUCAUUUAUUUCAUUGAGUCAGAGCUUUUUGUAUUGUUUCUAGUUUUUUAAUUACAAUGGAGACAGGAGUCAUGUAAUAUUCACUUAAUUGUUAGCUUGAAACUUAGAUUUUGUACACAAAAGUCAUUUAUUGACCGGUUUUGCCUUCAUUUUUGCCACUUUUGCUCCGAGUCCAUUAAAAAUGGAUCCACUCCUGUUUUGUACUGUGGUGAGCUACAACAUAUAUAUUGACUGCCUUGAAAUUAUUUUGUAUGAAUAUUUUUCCCUCUCCUUUUUUUUUUCGUCACACUAAUGCAUAUUUGAAUUUUUAUUUGUUGUGUGUAAAGUAAAGGAUCACUUUAUAUUUUUAAUAUAUAUGAAUAAAUUUACAAGUCACUGUUACUUCCUGAUUCUAAAUCAUCUGUGAGAAAAACAACACAUUUUUGUAAAAAAGAAAAAUCAAGUUGGACAGUUUUAGGAAUACAUGUGUAUAAGAUAAUGUGGAUUGAAGUGACAAAUUAUUUUCCGAAACGUACUGUACCGUAAGUUUCUAAAAUCAAGGCAAUCUCAAUUUCUUGUGUGACAUUAUAAAUUCCAUGUGUUAAUGUGUUAGUGAGAAGAAAUGCAAAGGUUGUAAUAAAAUUUCUGGUCAGUGCUGUAUGAGUUUUAGAGUUGUAUAUCUUUCAAUAGAUCUAUCUCUUUAUAUAUGUAAUACUCAGCAAGUCUUUAAUAGAAAAUAAAAGGGAUUUAGUUUGAUUUAAGGUGGGUUUUUUUUAAUUAAUGUUUGUUUUAAUAUAUUAUUAUGUGAAAAAGAUGUGCUCGAUUGUAUUGUAGACAUAAGUUUAAAAAUAUAGAUUAUAAUGCCAAAGUGUUGUUAUAAGAUGUGUAUAAAGCUUAUAGACAGCCGUGUGUGGACGUUUUAUGUACAUCUUACUGGAAAUGUUGUUCAAUGCAUAAACCAAUCUUACAAUGUAGAUAUGUUUUAUAUGUAGCCCCCACCCCCACUGUGUUAUAGUAGCAUGGUAUGAACAUUGUAGUGAAAACCAAGUACUUUAUAAUUCAUUACUACUCUAACUAGUCCUUAUGUAGCUAUACUAUAAAGUCAUUUUAUUUAUUAAUUGUUUAUAAUUUGUCAUGCAUGUAUUUCGAGAUUAGUUUAUAAGUGUCCAGGUGGACUUUUAUCCACCAGACAUUUUUGCGUAUCUCAUUUACUUUUUUACAAUACAUCUUCAGUAUUACAUUUCUUUAUUUGUAAUUAUUAUUUGUAAUCACAUUGUAACAUUCCGGAAUUUGAAAGUCCACGGAAUGCGUGUCAUCUCUAAGGCAUGGAGUCUUACGUCAUCUUGUUUUAACUCUGAGAACUUUUACGUUUUUGACGAACUUGUGUAUACAUUUUAGCAAUGGUAUACAAGUUUGCCCUUAGGAGGGUUUUUGCCUGUGCUAAUUCGUUUUAAUACGAUGGUGUUUGAAAGAAUUUUGGAGUGAAACCUAAUCAAUUUGUAUCUAUUAGCAUAUAAAAACCAGCUUUAAUCAAUAAUUCGUUACUUCCGUCUUGUUUAGUCACUUAAUUUGCAUUCUGUAAGAGUCAACUGGAGAUCAAAAUAUUAUAAUCCAUACAAUUAAUGUCUAAAUUCACACAAAACAUUUGACUUGCUGAUUCUAAUACAAAAAAGUGUUCUUUUUCUUGGAAGUUUUCAAAUUGCAUUGAAAAUAGAAAAUCACCAUGGUGACCAUUUUGGUCGUCAUUGAAAUGGUUGUGAUCUCCAGUAGCGCCUACGUCAUCAAUGUAUUGUCUGCUCAAUUCAAUAAAUGUGCAUUACUUGUCAAUAAACGAGUCGAUGUCCGUAUCAA